AUGAAGUCUUCUAGUAGUGUUUGUUUGAAACUAUGUCUAGCUUUCUAUUUUCAAGCAAUACUGCUUUUGCAUUUGCCUAUCUCUGUUUCAAGCACUGGGUUUUGUUUCUUUUUCCCAAUCCAUUGUCAUCAUAAACCAGAUACUCCAUUCCUACAACCUCCUCCUCCUCCUCCGGUAACCUACUCUCCACCUCCUCCGGUGACAUACUCCGCCCCUCCUCCACCGUCUCCUCCUCCUCCGGUAACCUACUCUCCACCUCCUCCGGUGACAUACUCCGCCCCUCCUCCACCGUCUCCCCCUCCUCCGGUGAGAUACUCCUCCCCUCCUCCGCCAUCUCCUCCUCCUCCGGUGAGGUACUCCUCCCCACCUCCCCCUCCUCCGGUGAGGUACUCUUCCCCACCUCCCCCGUCUCCUCCUCCUCCGGUGAGGUACUCCUACCCAUCUCCACCUCCUCCGGUGAGGUACUCCUACCCACCUCCACCUCCUCCGAUGACAUACUCCUCCCCUCCUCCGGUGACAUACUCCUCCCCUCCUCCACCAUCUCCUCCUUCAUACACUCCUCCUAAAUCUCCAUGUCCACCACACCAUCAUCAUCAUCAACACCAUCACCAUCACCAUCAACCCAUACAUCAUUUUUCUCCGCCUCCCGUACCAAGUUAUAGCCCUCCAAUGUCUCCUCCACAUGCUAUUCCAAAACCGCCACCUCCAUCCCCACACUUGCCGCCGCCGCAAAGCCCACAUACAGGCUAUGGUUAUCCUCCGCCGCCGCAAAGCCCACAUACAGGCUAUGGUUAUCCUCCGCCGCAAUCCCCACCACCAUAUGGUUCAACCAACAAGGCAACAAUAAUAUAG